GCUCUAUUUCCGUCCACUAAAGCGCAUUAACGACCUAAUGUGUUAGAUUGCCAGUGACAGUCUGAUUGGCGAGAGAGAUAGACCAGCCUACACACAGCGGACGCCGGGUGCAACUGCAGAACGGUUCGCGUUUCCCUCCGGUGCGCUCACGUUACCAGGUUGUGGUGCGCCGUCACUGUCUUUCAAGAGCCCUCCAACUCUGUUCUGUAGGUGAGGACAGUCAAGCGGACACGGGAAGAACAGGCACAAUGUUGACGUUGUUGACAGCUAUGUACUUGGUGGUCCGGGCGGCUACGUCGCAGGCCGAACCAAUCCGCGUCCUGGUGACCGGCGCUGCCGGGCAGAUUGCGUACUCUCUGCUGUACAGCAUUGCCAAGGGAGAUGUCUUCGGCAAAGACCAGCCAAUCAUCCUGGUGCUUUUGGACAUCCCGCCCAUGCUGCCCGUUUUGGAAGGGGUCGUCAUGGAGCUGCAGGACUGUGCUCUCCCGCUUCUGAGGGAGGUCAUUCCAACUGACAAGGUGGAGGUGGGCUUCAAGGACCUGGACGCUGCUAUCCUGGUGGGCUCCAUGCCCAGGAAGGAGGGGAUGGAGAGGAAGGACCUGCUGAAGGCCAACGUGGCUAUCUUUAAGACCCAGGGGACUGCGCUGGAGAAGUACGCCAAGAAGACCGUCAAGGUGCUGGUUGUGGGAAACCCCGCUAACACCAACUGCCUCAUUGCAUCCAAGUCUGCUCCCUCCAUUCCUAAAGAGAACUUCUCUUGCCUCACUCGCCUGGACCACAACAGAGCCCGCUCUCAGGUGGCGAUGCGCGUGGGCGUGUCCACUGACAAUGUGAAGAACGUCAUCAUCUGGGGCAACCACUCCUCCACCCAGUACCCAGACGUCCACCACUGCAAGGUCGAUCUGCAUGGCAAAGAGGUGGCCGCCUAUGACGCCAUCAAGGACGACGGCUGGCUCAAGGGAGACUUCAUCUCGACGGUGCAGCUGCGUGGUGCUGCCGUGAUCAAGGCCAGGAAGCUGUCCAGCGCCAUGUCUGCCGCCAAGGCCAUCUGUGACCACAUGAGGGACAUCUGGUUCGGCACCCCUGAGGGCGAGUGGGUGUCCAUGGGUAUCUAUGCUGGUGGAAACUCCUAUGGAAUCCCUGAAGACCUCAUGUACUCAUUCCCAGUCAUGAUCAAGAACAAGACCUGGAAGGUGGUGGACGGUCUGUCCAUCAACGACUUCUCUAGAGGCAAGAUGGAGGCCACCGCCACCGAGCUGGUGGAUGAGCGCGACACCGCCGUCGCCUUCCUGAGCGUGUGACUCUCUCCGACAACCUCGGCCUCGCAGCGACUCGUAGACACCCAAAAGCCUCCCCACUCACAGCUGUGAAUCUCCACGUCAUGUCGCUGCCAGCCUGUGUGUGUGUGUGUGUGUGUGUGUGUGUGUGUGUGUGGAUGUGUGUGUCUGUGUAAAGAGUCGAAGGGUGACUGUCCUUCCUCUCUCUAUGUGUUUGUUUUUGUGUGUAUUUCACUUUACAAACAUCAAACGUAACAUUUCAGACCUGUAAGAAGACCCACAAUCUCCAACUCCUACAGGAUUCGGGUCCCGUCACGGGAUCGGGUGACGCACCAAUAGGGAAUGUCCCUUGAAAUGAUGAGAACGCACAUAGUUGUCCCGAUCACUGUAACAAUACCUGUUCAACAAUAACAAUAAAAACAAAAUGAAAACCA